GUCGGAGGAAGAGGACCGUUCGGUGACGCUCUGCUGGUUCCUCACUGGACCCAUUCCCGCCGACGCCUCCACGCUUUUAUUUUUUUUUCUAUUUUUUCUAUUUUACUCAAAUUGUUUUACGUGGAAUUUUUAGAACUGGAUGCGCAAUGAUGAUAUUAAUAGUUUUACUGGGAUGAAUAUACACAGAAAGGAUAUAUUCAUGAUCGGUGAAUAUCAUGAGCUGAAAAAUUGGAAUAUUAAAUGUGAAAACUCGAUCAAGUGUUGUUGUUGUUGUUGUUAUAUGUAAAUAGAUAUAUCUCUUCGUCAACCCAACACGGAAUGACUUCAACGCGCACGUAGAAAACAAUCCUCAUAGUGUCAAAAGUAUAAAUAAUUUAAUCCUUCAUUAAAACCUCUGGUCGUGGAUUUAACAUUGCCAAGAUGAUGAACGCUUCGAGCACAUUGCAGUACCUGAAGAAACCUUUCUUCUGGAAGCUGGGAUACCUCAAGCUCAACAAGAAAGCCAAAAUACAGACUGGCGGUGAGGAAGCGGAGGUCAACCUCGAGACGUGCGUGCCACUGCCGGAGGAAGAAAGCAGCGCUCCUCUGAGUCUGACAGCCUUCAAGGGCGAGCUCGACUCCGCUGUUACUCAGUAUCUGACGCAGGUGAAAGACCUCGGUUACAAGGAGGAGAGCAGAGACCAGAAGCUCCUCGAGGUUAAGUUCAAGUUAGACCCGCAGGAGAUCAGGCCGAAAGUCAAGGAGGAGGUCAAAGACACAAAGCCAAGAGUCAAGGUCAUAUCGAGAGAGGAUAAGGGCGAGCAAACCGAGCUCGAGGUCGAGCUCCCGUCGCUGGAUAACCCGCUCUACCUGACGCUAAGCGAGUGCUCCUCGGGAGAGCUGCCGCUGCCCCUCGAGCACUUCUACGAGAACUGCCAGAUCACCGACGACGAGCACAUCUACGAGAACGUAGAGAACUCGACCGGCGACGAGGACGAGGAGCACCUGUACGACACCCUCCCGCGCCACAAGCCCGACCUGCCGCCCAAGCCCGACUUCCUGGCCCAGCUGGCGGCGCGGCAGAGCGAGCCAGUCAAGCGCGCCUGGAACCCCUUCGUCAGCCUCAGCGUCGAGACCGGCGACCCCACGCCCCCCCUCAGCACCGCCUCGUCCCUUUCGUCCCCCGACUCGCACGCCUCCAGCGACCGCCUGGAGGACACGAGCCCCCGCCGCACCGCAGGCAACACCAACCCGUUCCUGCCGUCGGCGCCGCGCGAGACCAGCGAACAGACGCUCAUCCUCGACGGCUCGGAGACGUCGGACCUCGGGUCGUCCGGCGGCGAGGAAGACAGCGGGUCGGUCGAGGACUGGCCGCUCCCCCCGACGCCCCCGCCCGGAGAGGACGCCGUCAUCGUCGAGGACCACCCUCUGCCACCACCGCCCCCCGAGCUAGCGCUGCAGGAACUCGAGGAGGAAGUCAUCCGCGAGGAGGAAGAGGAGAGGAAGCUCGCCCUCCAGAAGGAGAAGGAGGCCAUCGAGCGCGAGUACGGCGCCCUCAGGUUCCAGGACUCCGACUUCAGAGAGGAGGAGGUCGACAAGGUCGAGGCCGUCAACGCGAACCUAGCGCUGCUCGAACGGAGGUUUGAGGACACGUCGGACACUGAGCCGACCGAAGCGAAGGAAGCCGCCGCAGAGAAGGGAAGGAAGCUCACGUUAUCCAAGGAGACCCAACCUGAAGUCAAGAAGGAAGUUAAGAGAGAACUGAAGAAGGAAACAGAGAGAGAAUUCAAGAAAGAGACGAAAACCGAAGCUAAGAAGAACAACGCGAACGAAAAGAAAUUAAAGAAAGAGGCGAAAGUUGUCCCUCUCGACGACGACGGCGAGGAGUUCGACACGCCGGCCAUCCGCCACUCCGUGAUCAUCGAGUUGAAGGACUCGUGCCCCAGCGUCCCGCAGAGCCUCAAGCCCUCGGAAAUCCGGCGGAAGGAGUCCCUGAAGCGGAGCGAGAGCCUGAAGCGGACGGGCAUCCUCGAGCGGAUAGAGACCCAGAGGAAGUUGGAGAGGAGAGAGUCCUUCUGCAAGUUGUUCCCGAAGAUCUCCACCUCCUUGCAGCCCAGGGCGGAGGAUCAUGGGAGCAGCGUCUCCGUCGGAGUGAAGUCACCCAAGAAGGAAGACCCAGCGUUCUCUUUCCUGAACGCCCCCAGCAGCGCGGCCGACCAAGUGAUCGAGAUCUCGGAGGACGGCUCGUGGGAGAUGAAAGAGACGAGCAUGGACGCUGACGUCGCCGCCCACACCAACCCCGACAUCGACCCCUUCACCGGCAACCCCAUCAUGGCGCCCCCGCUCAGCCCCCCCGCCAUCGCCGCCCCGCCGCUCGCCUUCCAGACCGACGACGGCAUGGACGGCGUCUACUCCGCCAACAUCGUCAGCACGCACUCCGGCCCCUCGUCCCUCGCCAGCGCCAGCACCGACUCCCUCGGAACCCUGACCUCCCUGCAGGGCGACGCGGCCUCUCAGCUGUCCACGCCCGAAACCAUCCUGGAGGAGAUCCUGCCGGCGCCCGUCGUCGAGGUCGAGGCGAAGCAGCAGUCUUCCCCCAAGAGAGGCCAGGAGGAGCCGCAGCAGACGGCCAAGAACCUGGGAGCUGCCAUCAUGAAGGGCUACGAGCAGGACCUCCUGAAGAAGAAGGAGAGCAUGAACCUCCCGGAGCACUCGCUCCUGGAGUUCGGCGACUCCGUCCGCGACCUGGAGGAGCAGCGGCGCUCCGUGAUCAAGCAGAUGACGGUGAAGGCCAAGCGGAAGGAUACGUGGAUCAAGACCUUCAACAUGCACGCGCAGGGGGACGAGAGCAGCAUCCCCGUCGCGCCCUCGCGCUGCAGGAGGAAGAACUCCCCGAGCAGGGACGCGCUGGAGGCCGGGAAGGUCACGCAGUUCGCCAAGAAGGUCGACGAGAUUGAGAAAGAGACCGCGGUCAGGACUCCCCCGAAGACUUCGCCCAAGAAGGAGGAUCUGCCGAAGGAGGAGCCGGCGGUCCCCCCCAAGGCCCCCGAGAAGCGCAAGAAGAGCCUCAAGAAGCUCGAAGACAUCCCGCCCGCGUCGGAGGUCACGCCCAACGAGAACGUGUGCGAGGAGAGCGUCAUUUCGCCGAAGAACACGGAGGCACUGGCGGCCUUCUUUGCGUCCCCCGCCAAAGCCCCCAACGCCAAGGAGCCAUCGGCCUCGCCCAAGGAGUCGCCAAAGAAGAGCCAAGCCCAGCCCGUGCCCAUCGACGAGCCCGACAGCGCCGCCGAAGGAAAAGCCGCCCACGAGCAAUUCGCUCCGCCAGAGCCAGAAGCCAAGACGUUCAUCCCAGAGGGAACCGCCGAAGACGCCGAAGCCACAGUCGAAGCCAUCGAAGAACCAGUCGCAGUCGUCGAAUCCUCAGAAUUCCUCGCAGCUCCCGAAACGAGCGUCGCAAAUGAAGAAGAGGAACAGGAAAAACAAGCAGAAGAGGAGGAGGAAGAGCAGGACUCGAUGGUCAAGGAGAAGAACGAAAUCAACAAAGCCCACUGCGUCUUCCCCAGAGAGGACACGACGCGCGGGGCAGAGGAGAUCCCGGAGCAGAGGGAGGUCGAGGAGGACGUCAGGGAUUACACGGAGGCCGUUCCUCUGGCGCCGCAAAGCACGACGGAGGCGGAGAGCAACGGCAGCAGAGGUGAGUAACUCUUAAGGUCUUUUUGGUCGAGGG